ACAUUGUCCAUUAAUUUAGUUAGUUUUAUCAUGUUUUCGAUUAUUAGGGUAGUAUUCCUGUGAGAUAAGCAUGCAUGGAGUUCACUACAUCAAAGCGGGCCAACACAGAGCUAAAUCAAAACCAUGAAACACAUAUGCAGAUUCAAGAGCACUUCACCGAAUUGUCUAUCAGGCUGUCGGAAGUUCUUGAUAACAGUGGAGCUGGGAAGGAUACUGUAAUGGAGCGGAGAGGAAGCUACUUGUGGCUGAAGCGCAUGGCGAAUUUACAUACGCAACUAACAGGAUACAACUUUGAGUGUUUCCAUUUCGGUAGCCAGUCGGAAGGUACCACCAUUCCCGGUCUCCAGUCUGAUAUUGAUAUCCUAUUCAGUAACAACAGUGUGAAUAUCAUGAGGGUCUGGGGAGACUGGGAACCGGGGAUGGAAAACUUUAUGAUGCUUCACGACGAAACCACUCCUCCUCAACAGUACUUGCUACAAGUCAUUAGCAAGGAAACACCGAAACCAGAGACUGGUCUAUGUGAUGACACGGUAAGGAAAGAUUCUAGGCAAGUACUGUAUAGUGCUGAAAGAUAUUUAUCGGAUCUGGAGAAUACGGCUAAAAAUAUAGCAGAGACAACCAAAAGUGGGCCUUCUGUGAGUUUUAUUCCUAACUGGGAUAUGGUAUAUGCAUUUCACGUGCGAAAACCUCUUCAUGAAAUACUACAUUGGAUAGACAGAUGUAAAUAUAGACACUGGCCGCCUGUCCUUCUACUAGAGGCUGCAAGUGUAGCUCCGUGUUUCCUGGUCCCUUCUGGGCACCCAGACAGUGAUUACAAGCGCGAAGAAUGGCGCCUUUCUCCGAAUCUAAUAGAAAGAAUGUUAAUAUUUAGCUUUAAUAUGACACAGAUAAAAUGUUACAAUGUUUUAAAACUAAUUAAAAAAUCGUUAUUUGCUAAAAUUGUGGGAGAUUCUAUCACAAGCUUUCAUUGUAAAACUAUAAUGUUUUACACCAUGGAAAGAACACAUCCUUCUCUGUGGUUCGAACAUAACCUUAUGUAUCUACUGUUACAUUGUUUACGCAUGUUAAGAACAUGGCUGCGGUUUGGAAGACUCCCGCAUUAUAUCAUACAGGGAGUUAACUUGUUCGAUGGAAAACUAUCAAAGGUGAAACAGAGACGCCUUUUAGUGUAUAUAGAUUCCAUGAUAAGAAACAACUUACAAGAUGUAUUUAAUAUUGAUAUAGAGAACAUAGGAUGUCGGUUGCAAGGGUGUUAUAUACGACGAAUAGGACAAACUAGAGAAAGUGAACGUUUGUUCGUAUGCAACAGCAUAAACAUACAGCUAAAUUAUGAGUGUUUUAAAACCUUUCUUGGUUGGUGUAAAAGAAUAAUACAUGUAAAUCAAAUAAACAAUUCAAAUACAACCUUCGAGAAAACUAUUCAAUACGUAUUACGCAAUGCUGUCGAAUGCUCCACGAAUGCCAGAUUGAAAAAUGUUGCUUUAGUAUUUCUUAAACACGUGCAUAGGUUACAAAUUUCAAUGCAAUCAUCUGACUGUUUGCGAUUACGAAAAGUUGUUACCAAAGAACUUAUAAGGCGUUUCCAAUAUUCCUUAAACACAGAUGUAGCUUCUAGUCACUUAAAGUUGGCUUCUGUAUUGUACUGUAGUGGACAUAUUAUAGCGGCAGUUAGAGUGUUGGAGGAUGUGGAGAGGAGGUUUCACAACAGAGUCAAGGCUGUGUGCGAAUGUAGAAGUAUAGAGGGUCAAAGUGAUCUUCAUGUAUUUGCAAACAUCACUUCUUUAUAA